AUGGAAUCUCCAUCGAUGUUAGCGCCAACAACUGAUGUUGUUGGUCCAUCACCAUCUGUACCGUUUUUUCAACGAUACUAUUUUUUAUUAAAAGCACAUUAUUUUCUAUUUUUUUCGGCAUUUGGUGUACUUUAUCCAAUAUUAAAUAUAACAUUACGUGGUCGUGGUUUAUCAAAUACAGAAAUCUCAUAUAUUAAUUUAAUUAUUCCAUUUUUAGUCUUUUUUACAAAUCCAUUAGUAGGUUUUCUUGCUGAUCAUUCUCGUCGUUAUUUAUUAACGUUUAAUAUUAUUCUCGGUAUUACAACAAUUUUAUAUGGUCUCAUGUUUAUUUUACCAUCUGUAAAAACACAUCAUAUUGAAGCUAAUAUGAUUAAUGAUUAUAAAUUAGGUCGUGUAUUAGAUUUUUGUGCCAGUAAAGAAGUCGCAACAUUAUGUUCAGCAAGAUCUGAUUGUGGAUGUUCUUAUCAAUCAUAUUGUAAAGCAGACAAUUUCUUAUAUAAUUUUACAUUUACAAUGAAAUCAACAGAUACUCGUCAGACUGUUUUAAAUCCAGAGCCAGCAACAUGUGGAAUUGAAUAUCGAAUACCAGUUGAUGAAUAUAUACGAAAUUAUACUUCAGAAUUAUCUAUAUUUAAUGGAAACAAUUCUUCAUUCGCCGCUUGUGAAAUAACUUGUACAACAGCACAUUUUUGUCAUGGAGAACGUUAUAGUCAACAAAUACAGUAUAUUCUUCUUUAUUCAAUUUUAUUUAUUAUCGGUACAAAUCUUCUUUCAAAUACAAUAACAAUUGGUGCAUCAAUUGGUUUUGCUACUUUACCACGAGCAGAUAAAUUUGGCGAACAACGUGUUUUCGGUACAAUUGGUUUUGGUAUAUCAGCAUUGACUGCUAGCCGUCUUUAUAAAAUAUUUGAUACAGAUAUCGUUUAUAUAAUUAUGUUUGCUAUCUUAACAACACUAUGCAUUUGUAUUACAUGUUUUAUUCGUAUUCCACCUCAAAAAGAUAAGGAAAAUACGACAAGUGAUGAUAUAAAAACUAAUGAAGAAAUUCUACUUGAUUUUUCUGAACAAGAAAACAAAAAGAAACCUGUAUCUCAAUUUAAAUUAGCUGCACUCAUUCCAUUACUUAAAAAGAUUGAUGUUAUUAUUUUUUUUUCACUUACAUUCAUUUGGGGAAUGUCUUAUGGAGGUCUUGAUCCAUACGUAUUUUUAUAUAUUGAUGAAAUCGCUCCAUGUGCAUCACAUUUAAUUGUUGGUUGGAUGUCAUUAAUAUCUGCAGCAUCUGAAGUUAUUGCUCUUUUCGUUGCUGGAAAAAUGCUUAAAAUAUUAGGUACAAAUGCUUCUUCAGUCAUUAUUUUAAUUGCAUUUUCAAUUCGAUUCGGUGGCUAUUAUUAUAUACGUCGUCCAUAUUUUCUUUUAUUCAUGGAAACAAUGCAUUAUUUUAAUUUUGGUAUUCUUUAUGUACUUAUUGCUCAAAAAGCAGAUGCAAUUGCACCACCGGGACUCGCUGGUACAUUACAAGGUGUUGUUUAUGGUGUUUCUUUUGGUUUAGGUCGUGGAGUUGGUUUAAUUAUUUCGUCAUUUAUUUAUACACGUCUUCAAUCUCGGCCAUUAUUUCUAUUUUUUUCAUUAUUUAAUGCCGCCGCUGCCAUCGUUUAUGGUAUUCUAUUUAUUGUAACUAGAGAAAAGCCACAGAGCACUAAUCGAACUAACAAUAAUCCCAAUGUACCAAAAAUUGUUAUUGAUCCUGAUACAAACGUCAAUGAAGAGUUAUUAAAUUCAUCAUCAACAGAUAAAGUAGAAAAUAAGUUUAAUGAACAGUAG